UUCCAACCAGAGCUUCUGAUCGCGACAUUCUCUUGCGCGCCGCAGCAGUUUUUCACAAUGACUUCCACCAUUGGCAUUCCGAUCAAGCUCCUCAAUGAGGCUCAGGGUCACAUCAUCACCCUCGAGAUCACAUCGGGGCAGACCUACCGCGGAAAGCUCCUUGAAGCCGAGGACAACAUGAACGUCCAGCUCAAGGACAUCACCGUCACCGCCCGCGACGGCCGCGUCUCCCAUCUCGACCAGGUCUACAUCCGAGGAUCUCACGUCCGCUUCUUCAUUGUCCCCGACAUGCUUCGAAACGCGCCCAUGUUCCGCAGCCGCAACGUACGCGGUCGGGGUGUUGGUCUGGCCAGAGGUCGUGCAACAGUCAGCCGUGCUCGUGCCAGCGGUGGCCGUGGC